AUGACGGGCGUUGUAGUGGGCAUCUCUACCAGAGUUCCAAAUAGCGCAAAACCAACUGCCCCCACGUACCCUCCCAGGGGUGGCGGGGACCCCUGGAACACUCACAGAGGCAGCAGGGGCCCCUGGGACCCUUCCAGAGGCGCAGGAGGCCCAUGGGACCUUCCCAGGGUUGGCGGGGACCCUCCCAGGGUUGGUGGGGACCCCUGGAACCCUCCUGGUAGUGACGGGAGCCCCUGUGACCCUUCCAGAUGCGGAGAGGACCCUUUCAGGGGCAGCGGGGCUCCAGGGACUCUUACAGAGGCAGCAGGGAUCCCAGGGACACUCCCAGAAGCGGCGGGGCCCCCUGGGACCCUCCUAAAUGCGACGGGGAUUCUUUCAGGGGCGGCGGGGUUUCCUGGGACCCUUUCAUGGGCGGCGGGGGCUCCUGGUUCCUUCCCCGGGGCGGCAGUUCCCCUGCAACCCUUCCAGAUGCAGCGGGGGCCCCUGGGACCCUCUCAGGGGAGUAGGGGGCCCCUGCAACCCUCUCAGGUGCAGAGGGGCCUCUGUAACCUUAAUAGGGGCGGCGGGGGCCUGUGGGAUCCUCCAAGCGGCGACUGGGCCUCCAAAGACUCUCCCAGACGUGGCAGCAGCCCCUGGGACCUUACCAUGUGCGGCAUUGGCUCCUAUUACUCUCUCAGUUGUGGAUGGGGGCCCUUAUUAAUUUCCCAAGGGUGGCAGUGCCCCCAGCAUCCUCCAAGGACAUGUGACUUACCCUGGGACCCUCCCAGAGGCAGUGGGGGGCUCAGGGACCCUCCAAGAGGCGGCGGGGAUCCCUGGGACCUUCCUAGUGGUGGCGGGGGCCCCUGGGACCCUUCCAGAUGUGGCUAG